ACUAAGUAGAUGAAGAGACAGGAGUAUUUGAUCAAUAACAAAGAGGAAACAAAUGAAAAAAGAAGCACAGCUGAUCCAGCUAUUGGAGUUAGUAGACAAGGACAUCUUGAUUGUUAUGCUUAGGAACAUAGAGAAAAGAAGGAACCAAAGAGGAGAAUGAACGAAAGGCUUUGAGAGAAACUCAGAUUCUCAGGAAUUAUUGUCAUUUAAUCUAAAAUCAACUGCAUAACAACAAUGCAAAACAGAAUUGAAGCACAGUCAUUGACAAGGUCUAGGUGAUUUUCACAUCUAUGGAGAAGAAAAAAUGGACAUAAUUCUGACAUGUUUAAACUUUACCUGAAGAUUAAAUUAUGUGAAAGAAAUGAAAGAAGGAACUGCUAAGUCCUCUAGAAGAAAAAUAUACUGAGAGUAUCAGUAAUGCCAUGGAGUCUUUUUUUAUUACGAUUUACAUUUUAGGGAAGAACUCAAGAUGGCGCGGUGAAAACAACCCAGGAUUGACGUUCUCGGUGAAUGCAUGGAGAGGGUGAGUCAGGGCCGCAUUUCCAGACGGAUCUUUGUUGCCCACAGAACGGGGAAAUUCCCAAAUAUAAAAGAGAUGCGAGACUCCAGGCAGAGGUUUUGGCUGGUGCAACUGGCAGUCAGUGUGGCCGGCGGCCGGCGGCCGGCGCUGUAGCGCAGCAGUGCUACACAGUGCUCCGCACAAAGCGCACUGGUCCGGGUGCCCUGUUGAACCGGCAAUAUGAGACUUGAGAGGGCUGAACUUGAGACUGAACGGGACUUGGACAGUGAGCCAGGCCAGGAGAUUCCAGAGAAACAGCGUUUGGGGUAGUGCAGUGGGACAAACAAAACGGCGAUUCCAAACGCUCCGGGUGGAGAGGUUCCCUGAGGGCACAGCUGAACCCAGGACGGUGCAACUCCGUGGGGGAGGGGCGUCCACUAUUACCGAGGCAAUCUGCCCCUACUGAGGUACACGCCCAUUGCUGACGCAGCCUGCUGUUGCCGAGGCAACCCGCUACAACAGAGAGACUCUGCCGCAGGGCGUAGCCCGUGGCAGCAGGGUGGAGACUGCAGCAGCAGGGCAGAGCCUGCAGCAACAGGGCAAACCUCACACCAGCAGGGCGGAGCCUUGGCAGGCAAAUAGUGACUAGACUGCCUCCUAGCUGGGCAGGACAGCACAACGGACACUCACAAAGAAAGCCCCAACCACCCCCCGCCCCCGAGACAAAGCAUCUGAGAAAAAAAGUGUUUUUUUUUAUGAGUUCUGCUGCAGCAGAAUUAAACGUAGCAGUCUAACAACCCUGAAUGAACAACAGAGCUCACAGCUCAGCACUUGAGCUCCUAUAAAGUACAGACUGUCUCCUCAAGCAGCUCCCUGACCCCUCUAUAUCCAGAAGACUGACAUUUGGCAGGCAUCAUUCUGGGACAAAGAUAGCAGAAAAAGAAACUGGUAGCAUCCCUCACUGUUCUGCAGGGGCUACAGGUACACCCCAGACAAGCAGGGCCUGGAGUGGACCUCAGCAGUCAUACAGUGGAGGGGCUAGACUGGUAGAAGGAAAACCAAGUAACAGAAAUACUUCAUCAUCAACAAUCUGGGUGUCCACUCAGAGACCCAAUUGAAAAGUCAGCAACUACACAGACGACAGGUGGAUAAAUCCACAAAGAUGGGAAGAAACCAGCGCAAAAAGGAGGAAAACACUUGAAACCAGAACACCUAGUCUCCUACAAAGGACCAAAACUCCUCACCAGCAAGCGAACAAAGCUGGAUGGAGAGUGACUGUGACGAAAUGAUGGAAUUAGACUUCAGAAGGUGGAUAAUGAGAAACUUUUGUGAGCUAAAAGAACAUGUUUUAAAUCAAUGCAAAGAAACUAAGAACCUUGAUAAAAGAUUCAAGGAAUUGAUAACAAGAAUGGAUACGUUAGAGAGGAAUAUGACUGAAUUAAAGGAGCUGAAAAACACAAUAUGAGAAAUUGGCGAAGCAUGCACAAGUUUCAAUAGCCGAAUUGACCAAACAGAAGAAAGAAUAUCUGAAGUCGAAGAUCAAUUCAAUGAAUUAAAACGAGAAACCAAGAUCAGAGAAAAAAGCACAAAAAGGAAUGAACAAAGUCUUCAAGAAAUGUGGGACUAUGUGAAGAAACCUAACCUACGUUUGAUAGGUGUACCAGAAUGUGACGAAGAGAAUGAAUCCAAGCUGAAAAAUACUCUUUAGGACAUUAUCCAGGAAAAUUUCCCCCACCUAGCAAGACAGGCCAACACUCAAUUGCAGGAAAUACAGAGAACACCACAAAGAUAUUCUGCAAGAAGAGCAACCCAAAGGCACAUAAUCGUCAGAUUCAACAAGGUUGAAAUAAAGGAGAAAAUGCUAAGGGCAGCCAGAGAGAAAGGUUGGGUCACCCACAAAGGGAAGCCCAUCAGACUCACAGCAGAUCUCUCGGCAGAAACACUACAAGCCAGAAGAGAGUGGGGGCCAAUAUUCAACAUCCUUAAAGAAAACAACUUUCAACCCAGAAUUUCAUAUCCAGCCAAACCGAGCUUCAGAAGUGAAGGAAAAAUAAAAUCCUUUACGAACAAGCAAAGACUCAGAGAUUUUGUCACCACCAGGCCUGCUUUACAAGAACUCCUGAAAGAGGCACUACACAUAGAAAGGAACAACCAGUACCAGCCAUUCCAAAAAUCACACUAAAUGCUAAAGAGCAUCAACAUAAUGAAGAAUCUGCAACUACUAACGGGCAAAACAGCCAGCUAGCAUCAAAAUGGCAGUAUCAAAUUCACACAUAACAAUAUUAACCCUAAAUGUAAAUGGACUAAAUGCACCAAUCAAAAGACACAGAAUGGCAAAUUGGAUAAAAAACCAAAACCCAUCAGUGUGCUGUAUCCAGGAAACCCAUCUCACAUGCAAGGAUACACAAAGGCUCAAAAUAAAGGGAUGGAGGAAGAUUUACCAAGCAAAUGGAGAGCAAUAAAAAGCGGGAGUUGCAAUUCUCAUCUCUGAUAAAAUAGACUUUAAAGCAACAAAGAUCAAAAGAGACAAAGAAGGCCAUUACAUAAUGGUAAAAGGAUCGAUACAACAAGAAGAGCUAACGAUCCUAAACAUAUAUGGACCCAAUACAGGAGGACCCAGAUACAUAAGGCAAGUUCUUAAUGACUUACAAAGAGACUUAGACUCCCACACAAUAAUAGUGGGAGACUUUAACACUCCACUGUCAAUAUUAGACAGAUCAACCUGACAAAAAAUCAACAAGGAUAUCCAGGGCUUGAACUCAGACCUGACAGACAUUUACAGAACUCUCCACCCCAAAUCCACAGAAUAUACAUUCUUCUCAGCACCACAUCACACCUACUCUAAAACUGACCACAUAAUUGGAAGUAAAGCACUCCUCAGCAAAUGCAAAACAACUGAAAUCAUAACAAACAGUCUCUCAGACCAUAGUACAAUCAAGUUAGAACUCAGAAUUCAGAAACCAACCCAGAACCGCACAGCUUCAUGGAAACUGAACAGCUGGCUCUUGAAUGUUGACUGGAUAAACAAUGAAAUGAAGGCAGAAACAAGGAAGUUCUUCGAAACCAAUGAGAACGAAGACACAACAUGCCAGAAUCUCUGGGACACAUUUAAAGCAGUCUCUAGAGGAAAAUAUAUAGCAAUAAGUGCCCAUAUGAGGAGAAUGGAGAGAUCCAAAAUUGACACCCUAUCAUCAUAAUUGAAAGAGCUAGAGGAGCAAGAUCAAAAAAACUCAAAACCCAGCAGAAGACAAGAAAUAACUAAGAUCAGAGCUGAACUGAAGGAGAUAGAGACACGAAAAACCCUUCAAAAAAUCAAUAAAUCCAAGAGCUGGUUUUUUGAAAAGAUCAACAAAAUAGACAGACCACUAGCAGAUUGAUUAAAAAGAUAAGAGAGAACAACCAAAUAGAUGCAAUAAAAAAUGAUAAAGGGGAAAUCACCACAGAUUCCACAGAAAUUCAAACCAUCAUCAGAGAAUAUUACAAACAACUCUAUGCACAUAAACUAGUAAACCUGGAAGAAAUGGAUAAAUUCCUGGACUCCUGUGUCCUCCCAAGCCUAAACCAGGAGGAAGCUGAAACUAUGAAUAGACCAAUAACAAGGUCAGAAGUCGAGGCAGCAAUUAAGAGCCUACCACACAAAAAAAGCUCAGGUCCAGAUGGGUUCACAGCCGAAUUCUACCAGACACACAAAGAGGAGCUGGUACCAUUCCUUCUGAAACUAUUCCAAAUAAUCCAAAAAGAGGGAAUCCUUCCCAAAACAUUUUAUGAGACCAGUAUCAUCCUGAUACCAAAACCUGGCAGAGACCCAACAAGAAAAGAAAACUUCCGGCCAAUAUCCAUGAUGAACAUAGAUGCAAAAAUCUUCAAUAAAAUAUUGGCAAGCCGAUUGCAACAUCAUAUCAAAAAAAUUAUCCAUCAUGAUCAAGUAGGAUUCAUCCCGGGGAUGCAAGGCUGGUUCAACAUAUGCAAGUCUAUAAAUGUAAUUCACCACAUAAACAGAACCAAAAACAAAAACCACAUGAUUAUCUCAAUUGAGGCAGAGAAGGCAUUUGACAAAAUUCAACAGCCCUUUAUGCUAAAAACCCUCAAUAAACUCGGUAUCGAUGGAACGUAUCUCAAAGUAAUAAAAGCUAUUUAUGACAAACCAACAGCCAAUAUCAUACUGAAUGGGCAAAAACUGGAAGCAUUCCCUUUGAAAUCCGGCACUAGACAAGGAUGCCCUCUUUCACCACUCCUAUUCAAUAUAGUACUGGAAGUUCUAGCCAGAGCAAUUAGGCAAGAAAAAAAAAUAAAGGGUAUUCAAAUAGGAAAGGUGGAAGCCAAAUUGUCUCUAUUUGCAGACGACAUGAUAGUAUACCUAGAAGACCCCAUCGCCUCAGCCCCAAAACUCCUGAAACUGAUAAGCAACCUCAGCAAAGUCUCAGGAUAUAAAAUCAAUGUGCAAAAAUCACAAGCAUUUCUGUACACCAAUAACAGACUUAAAGAAAGCCAAAUCAAGAACAAACUGCCAUUCACAAUUGCUACAAAAAGAAUAAAAUACCUAGGAAUACAAGUCACCAGGAACGUAAGGGACCUCUUCAAGGAAAACUACAAACCACUGCUCAACGAAGUCAGAGAGGACAAAAACUGAUGGAGAAACAUUCCAUGUUCAUGGUUAGGAAGAUUAAUAUCGUGAAAAUGGCUAUACUGCCCAAAGUAAUUUAUGGAAUCAAUGCUAUCCCCAUCAAGCUACCAUUGACUUUCUUCACAGAACUGGAAAAAACCACCAUGAACUUCAUAUGGAACCAAAAGAGAGCCCGCAUAGCCAAGUCAAUUCUAAGCAAAAAGAACACAGCGGGGGGGGGGGGGGGCAUCGCACUAUCGGAUUUCAAACUAUACUACAAGGCUACAGUAAUCAAAACAGCAUGGCACUGGUACCAUAACAGAGAUAUAGACCAAUGGAACAAAACAGAGGCAUCAGAGGCCACACAACAUAUCUACAACCAUACAGUCUUUGAUAAACCUGACAAAAACAAGCAAUGGGGAAAGGAUUCCCUGUUAAACAAAUGGUGUUGGAAAAACUGGCUAGCCAUGUGCAGAAAGCAGAAACUGGACCCCUUCCUGAUACCUUAUACUAAAAUCAACUCCAGAUGGAUUAAAGACUUAAACAUAAGACCUGGCAUCAUAAAAACCCUAGAAGGAAAUCUAGGCAAAACCAUCCAGGACAUUGAAGUAGGCAAGGACUUCAUGAACAAAACACCAAAAGCAUUGGCAACAAAAGCCAAAAUAGACAAAUGGGACCUAAUCAAACUCCACAGCUUCUGCACGGCAAAAGAAACAGUCACUAGAGUGAAUUGGCAACCAACAGAAUGGGAAAAAUUUUUUGCAGUUUACCCAUCUGACAAAGGGCUGAUAGCCAGAAUUUACAAAGAACUCAAACAGAUUUACAGGAAAAAAAAAGGCAAGCCCAUUCAAAAUUGGGCAAAGGAUAUGAACAGACACUUUAUGGAAGAAGACAUAUAUGAGGCCAACAAUCAUAUGAAAAAAUGCUCAUCAUCCUGGUCAUCAGAGAGAUGCAAAUCAAAACCACAUUGAGAUACCAUUUCACGCCAGUUAGAAUGGUGAUCAUUAAAAAAUCUGGAGACAACAAAUGCUGGAGAGGAUGUGGAGAAAAAGGAACACUUUUACACUGUUGGUGGGAGUGUAAAUUAGUUCAACCAUUGUGGAAGACAGUGUGGCGAUUCCUCAAGGCCUUAGAAAUAGAAAUUCCAUUUGACCCAGCACUCCUUAUCCAAAGGACUAUUAAUCGUUCUACUAUAAGGACCCAUGCACACGAAUGUUUAUUGCAGCCCUGUUUACAAUAGCAAAGACCUGGAAUCAACCCAAAUGCCCACUGAUGAUAGACUGGAUUGGGAAAAUGUGGCACGUAUACACCAUGGAAUAUUAUGCAGCAAUCAGAAAUGAUGAGUUUGUGUCGUUUGUAGGGACAUGAAUGAAUCUGGAGAACAUCAUUCUCAGAAACUGACACAAGAACAGAAAAUGAAACACCGCAUAUUCUCACUCAUAGGCGGGUGAUGAAAAAUGAGAACACAUGGACACACGGAGGGGAGUACUAAACACUGGGGUCUAUUGGGGGGAAAAGGGGAGGGCCAGCGCAGGGGGCACGGGAGCUGGGGAGGGAUAGCCUGUGGAGAAAUACCAAAUGUGGGUGAAGGGGAGGAAGGAAGCAAAACACACUGCCACGUAUGUACCUAUGCAACUGUCUUGCAUGUUCUGCACAUGUACCCCAAAACCUAAAAUGCAAUAAAAAAUUAAAAAAAAAAUAAAUAAAACAACAAGACUAAGAAGGCCAAGGAAAGCAGAAAUCCGCCGAAACUGACAGAGGCAUGGAUGAUUUACCUCUCAGAGUCUCUGGCAAGGAAAUAACUUUUUUGACACCUUGAUUUUGGAAUUUUGGCCUCCUGAACUGUGAGAGAGCACAUUUCUGUUAUCUUCAGCCAGGUGGAUGGAGGGAGGGAGAGAUAGUUAGGUAGAUUUGAUAGAUGGACAAACAGAUAAUCUCUCUAUAUGUAACAAAAGAUCUUUCCUCUUCAAAUUUCCCAAAAUGUUUGAAACAAAAGCUUCAUUGUUAAAACAAUUUUUUUUUGGGGUGUUUUGAAGAGGAAUGUUUGUUGUUUAAAAAUGAGUCUGAUUACAUUGUCACUGCAUGUUAUAUCUACUUUUUCUAUAUACUUAAAAAAAUGCAUUUAAUAAUCUCCUGGAUUGUGUACUUUUUGAAGACAGAGCCCAAGUCUUAGUUGUUUUGGUUUUAUACGUUAUUGUACUUUUACUAAUGGCACAAUGUAGUUUAUUGCACCUCCAUAAAGUAUAAUAUGGAAAAGAGAUAAUUACCAUAAUUAAUUAUGAGGAUUAUAAUGUACUAAUUGCUGUUUAUAUUUUCAAAAUCUAUUAGAAGUAGGAAAGUUUCUAUUGUUUUCUAAAAAUGAAUCAUCCUUGGUGACCUUUCAUAAUUCAUUCCUUUGUUUCCAUUGAUAGUGGCUUCUACUUUACUGUAUUUUAAACCACUUUGGUAUUAAAUUCUCAAAUACUUUCAUUUACAAAAAAUAAAAGGACAAAAAUUCUUCAACACCUGUGAAAAGAAGAGAAAAAAGGAAAAAAAUUUAAAUCACUACAAACAACUUUUCAGUAAGGAACCUGCUCUUACCAAACAGCAAGCAGUGGGAAUAAAUAAAUGUGGAGAAAACUGAUAUGUUAUAGGAAUCAUACAACCAGAGGAUUUUACCACUGUCUUAUCCAAGCCAUGAGUUUGGCUUCAUGUGAUUAGAGAGCAAUGGAAAUUUAGUUUCCCCAAUUGGAAUUUCCUCUGGACUAUAUAGUAGCCUCCUGAUCAUAAAGAAUAUGUCUAAUAAACUGUGUUUAAUGUUUAUUAAUUUAUUAGAGAAAUCUGAAGGGUAUAAAGAUGUCAAAUGUAAGGCCAGGAGUGGUGGCUCACACCUGUAAUCCCAGCAGUUUGGGAGGCCGAGGCGGGUGGAUCACAAGGUCGAGAGAUUGAGACCAUCCUGGUUAACAUGGUGAAACAGCGUCUCUACUAAAAAUACAAAAACAAAUUAACUGGGCAUGGUGGCGUGUGCCUGUAAUCCCAGGAGGCUGAGGCAGGAGAAUUGCCUGAACCCAGGAGGCGGAGGUUGCAGUGAGCCGAGAUGGCGCAAUUGCACUCUAGCCUGGGUAACAAGAGCAAAACUCCGUCUCAAAAAAAUAAAAAACAAAAAACAAAAAACGGAUGUCAAAUGUAUUAUCCUAGUCACUGAAGUUAUUUUUGAACAACUGAUAAGACAAAAAGCCAGCAUCAGAAAUUUGACUACUGGUUUCUGGUGACCUAACUGCGCCAUUAGGGAAGUGAUUUGUUCCCUGAUGCUAUUUACCUUUGGUUAUUUUCCCCCAAAGGCUGCAAGUACUAUAAUAUGCUUGUCUGUGAAUUGAGAAACUGUUCAUUUCCCUUUGGACCAUCAAAGUGGCUGCAAAUAACAAACUUAAGUCAAUAAGACGAAGAGUUAGAAAAAAAAUGAUCCAUGUUAUUUAACUUCCUCUCUUAACGUCACAUUUAUAUGUAUUUGUGUGCUUUGUGUGUAUACGGUCACGCAUCACUUAACGACAGGAGUACAUUGUAAGAAACAUGUUGUUAGGCAAUUUUGUUGUGCAAAUAUUACAGAGUAUACUUACAUGAACCUAGAACCUGGAUAGACUACUAUAAACCUCUGCUAUAUGGUGUAGCUUACUUACUGUUCCUAGACUACAAACAUGCAGCAUGUUACUGUACUGAAUAUUGUAGGCAGUUUUAACACAAUGGUAAGUAUUUGUGUGUCAAAACAUAUGUAAACAUAGAAAAGAUAUAGUAAAAAUACGGUACAAUAAUCUUACAAGACCUCUGUGAUACAUGGUCCCUUGUUGGCCCAAAUUUUGUUAUGGGUGCAUAACUAUAUAUACAUACAUACAUAUUAAGUUGUUUGACUAUCUAAGGAAAAUUUGAUCCAAAUUCAUAAAGUCAUCCAUUUUUAUAAGGCUUCUUUUGUGCUUUAGCUCUUUAUUUGUGAAGUAAACUGUCUCCUGGUAGCUCUUCCUUGGUUUAAUUGGUUAGCACUUUUCUCCAUGCUGGUGAAAUCUAGUAGCUCCUUAUUCGGCUAGGCAGGGUAUACAGUGUUUGACAUCUUAUGUUGGCUUAGCUUUUUAGUCAUGAGAUAUAAUCGUUAAUAAUAUUUAGCCAUAAUAAAUGCAAUCAUCUCACAGUACAUGUUUUAAAAAAUAGCAACAUAUGGUUCAAAACAGAGACUUCUAAUUAUACAAUUAUCGAGUAACAGGAAAGGAUGUUUUCAAAUCUGUAUACUUACAUUUGUAUUCUAAAAUCUAGUCGUUUCCUGAUACAGUUGUAUAGUUUUCUAUCAUCAUUUACACAUAUCAUAUCCACAUUAUUAGAAUAAAUUUGCUUACUGGAGUUACAGCUUCUUUAAUGUUAUUUAUGUGAGACUUCUUUAAAAAGGGGACAACAUCAUAAUGUUUAGCCUUCCAACAAAUUAGUCUAUUGAGUAUUUGCUGUACACUGAUGCCCUAAAGCACAGCAGUGAAAAAACAGUCUGUCCUGUCAUGGGGCUUCUAGUCUGAUACUGGACUGAUUCACCACUUUUGGUUUAAAAGCCUAGUUUCUCUUGUCUUUAAUGUCUGCCUGUCUGUAUGUCUGUCCUCCUCUUUCUUUCUCUGUGAAUACACACACACACACACGCACACACACACAGAUAG